AUGUCUGGAGGUCCAGUUCCUGUUUGGAAGAAAUAUACUACCGGAUCCACUGGGAUCUGGGAAAAAUUCAGAAGAGUAUUCACAUUAGUACCAAAUAGAUCUAGUGGUAAUCCAAUUCCUUAUUUAUACCGUCAAUCUCCGCCAGGAGAUCGUAUCAAAGAUGCCAAAAACUAUAAGGAUCCAGUAACCAUUCCAGCCGGGGAUAUCAAGGGUAAUCCAUACUACAAGAGAGAUUACAGAAGAAACUAUCCUAGAGUUGUUGGAUUUAAUCAAACCAAAGUUAGUGGAUUAUUGCAAUUAGGUUCUGCUGCCAAUCCAAGAAUCUCUGUUGGAGAUAAAGGUACUAAAGAAUUACAAGCAUACAAUACUCCCGAUCAAGUUGUUAGUUUAUCCUCUACAUUAACCGAUAUUGAUCCCAAAAUAGUCAAGGGAGAAAUAUUGGGAAGCGAAGGAGAACCAAUUGUUGCUCCAUCGUUAAACAAAUUCCAUUGGACCAUCUUGAGAGAACCACAACAUGGGAUGUUUGCUGACAACUACCCAUGUCGUAUUUUCACCGAUGUUAGAAAAUAA